AUGACGAGCAACCGGUUGGCAUCAGCUCGAUCGAUCUUCGAGCAGAACAUUGCCAACAACCGCAAAGCGGGAGUCGACAAGAACAUUCUAGGUCGCAAGACAUCCUCUGGCAGCUCCUCAUCAGUAUCCCGUCGUCUCUUUGCCAGCACCAAGUUAUCCGAGAGCAGCAGUAGCAACAGCAACAGUCACAGCAACGAUGGAAGUUUGUCAUCUCUAAACAACAGCUCCAGCUGUAACAACAACAACAACAAUCAUGAAGAGAGCUUUGUGCGAAGAAGGCCGUCCAUGUCAUCCCAAGGACGAAGAUCUUCCAGCAAGAGUAUCAACAACACUCCCAAACUAGAUCAGCUAAAGGAGGAACAACACCAAGCCAAGGGCCAAAUCACCAUUGAAUAUACAGAACCCAACAAGCCUUCUAUGGAUAUCAGCAUGAAUCGAGAAGCCAUUCACAGCUCCGACCCAUUGGACGAAAAGCUAGAUCUCUCCAAGAAUAAAAUGAAGAUCAACGAUGCGUUUGCCAAGAGACAAGCCGAGAAGAAGCGAGGAUCCAUCUCGUCGUUGGCAGAGCAUUUAAACAAACUGGAAAUCAAAAGUCUCAAGCCACGGGGAGGUGACAAUGCCAGUGUCACGAGUGGAUCAUCCCUGGAAUCCCACAGAGAUCAGAUCAAGCUACCAGACUUUCGCCAAUCGUCCUAUGGAUCUCGUGGUGGGAGUAGUCACAACAGCAGUGCCAGGAAACAACAGCAACUACCACCAAACAGCCGCAGUCGCUUCUCUUCCAACAAGUUCCGACAAAGCGGUGGUAGCAAUCGCAAUCAGGAAGAGCAACCAAAUCCGGACGACUCCUUUUCCUCCAUUGGAUCCACUGAAAGCUAUGACAUUAUGAGCCAUCAAAACCAGCGUUCUCGAACGGCUUUGUACGGAUCCAGUUCCUCCUUAUCUCCAACCCGCCGAGAUGAUGUCUCGGAAUCAUCUCUGGACGAGUCGUCACAACGCAUCAAGCUCAAUUCUUCGUCUCGAAGGCGCAACCACAACAGCAGAUCGCCGGGGAAUCAUUCUCCAAACAGUAGCUACCGUUCCUCUGAUUCUGGUCGCAGUAGCAAGAGCAAAAACAUUCACUCUUUGGCACAACACUUUUCUUCUUCCAAAGGAUCAUCGGAACCUUCGUGGAUUCGCCGUUCUUCGGUCGUGGACGAUGAUGACAGCUGCAGCAGUGCGCACCAUCAACAACCCUUCAAGGCCGUCCCCUUUACCAAAAGUGUUAUCAAACGUCACCGGGAAAGCUUGGUCAAUAAACAAGGAGGUGGUGUUCGACGGGAAAGCUCCAACCGGUCCCUGGAUACCAGCCAAAGGAGCAACUUGUCCACCCCAGGUGGGCCAAACAACCACUGCCCACCGCCGCCACGCGCCCUUCGCCGCCGUAGCAGCAUGACCAAUACGAGUAAGCGUCGGCUCAAAGAACGAACGGCCCCGCCGCCGUUGUUGGACCCGGAGGAAUUGGCCAUGCGAAAUGAAAUUGCCGCCCUGCAAAAGCAAAUUGCCGAUUCGCAGGCCAAACUGGUGCAGGUCCAGCAAGGAGAACAAUACGACUUGAAACGCAUCCAAGAUGCCAAGGAACGCAAGAUGAAACGAGUCGAUGCCGAGUCUGCCAAGAACAUGUCCUUUUCAUCCAUUAACGUCGUUCAUCUGACAAAAGAAGAAGAGAAAGCCUUGAACGCAAAGUAUCUCAAUUGCAAACUGACUAUUCGACAAUUGAAACAAGGGAAUGCUCGUAUUCACAGUCAGAAUCGCAAGAUGAAACUAGAAGUCCUCAGCACUAGCUCCAACAAUCGACUCCUGCAAGAGAGCAAUGCACAGACAAAGGCAUUUGUCGCCGAGCUCCAAGAGCAACAAAAGGAUCUCCUCGUCCCGGAGCAUGAUUAUUUGAUGCGCUUGGCCAGCACCUAUCAAAAGUCCAUCUUGGACACGGAAGAAUCCAUUGAAAAGAAGGAGCCAAAGCUACGGCAAGUGAAGACGGACCGACUGUUAUUUGAAGACCGCAUUGAUAUCGUCGUGGACUUUAUGCAAAAGAAAUGCAAAGACUUCUCGUUGGUGGAAGAGCUCACGGCAAUGGCGUUUGACGACGAAGGCUGGGAAACAGGGGACGACUCCUCGGUGGAUGACGAUGGUGAUAGCAGGGCUUCCUCCUACAUCCGUUAUUCAUCGGAAAGUGAAGAGGAGAGUCCGCGUCGUGAUCGAGGGAUUGCAGAUUUGCUCUUUCCCACAUCGAACCAUUCCCUUCAUAUCUUUCUUUAG